UUGAGGGGAAGUGCUUCUUCCUCAUCGUCACCUCCACUCGCUUUUUAAUUUUUUUUUUUUUUUUAACUCUAAAGCACUUUUACUUUUCAUAUCUAUACACAAUUUUCGACACAAACGGGCGUUCUCCAAAGCACACCCGCGUUUUCGGAAGCGAUGGAGCCCAACAUAUCGCUUCAUUCCAAGCUUUCAUCCAUCAUGGAGACGAUGGCCGAGUCCGCCAUGGCUGAGCUAUGCAAGGCGGUGGACGAGGACACGGUCGAGCUGCGUUUGGAACUGUCCCGGCUCCAAACGCUCAACUCGGCCCUGACGGAGAAGGUCGACACGCUGGAGUGCGAGCUGACCGCGGCAAGGAGCGACGCGCCCGGCCCGCUUCGGAGCCACCGCACCGUCGCCAUUCAGACCGACGACGACGACGACGACGUUAAUGAGUCCGAGUCUCCAGUCAUCAACGGAGUCUUUGGAAAGGACUGGUGCCUUAAUCUGUGGAAAGACCGAUUCCGUACGAAUCAAAAGAUGGAUGCUCAGCAAGUAGACGAUGAUAUGAAUGCGUCCAUGUCUUUGGAGUCAUUCUCUCCUAUUGACGUGCCGGUUUUGGAGAAAGGCGCAGAGUUUUAUAGUUUUGAGUCUUUCUCGGAGGCCAUCGAAAGCUGGCAGAGGUCCAAUUUCGUGGAGCUUUACAAGCGUAGUUCCAGGACCGUGGAGAAUGCCAAAAAGCGGGCCAGGAAAAAAUCAUACAGCGAGAAUUUAGUGUUCGCCGAGCUGGACUUUGCGUGCGCUCACGGCAGCAAAGGCCCCGAUGUGAAACGUUGUCCGUUCACCAUCAAAGUGCGAGUCACACCUGAUGGACGGAAGCUCUACAUAAAGGACAUCAGUCCUGGAAAUUGCCACAACCACGAGCUCUCCCAGGCUGUGUUGACCGGGUCCGACCCCGAACACGUCGAUGUGAUUCAGGUCAAAGUUGAAGAUUAUUUGGAGGGCGCUGGUGGCAGCUUCCCCCAGGAAACACUCAGUCAAGAAAACGACGACGACCACGACGACGAACGCUUCUCGGAGGAAGUAGAGGAGACGCCAGUGUGGCUGGAGGACAUGUCGCUGGACUCGGACAGUAAGAAUCAUUACGAUAAUAAUGGGACCGAAGAACAAUCUGUGCCGUCGAGUACCGGUACAGAGGACGACUGUUACGAAUAUGUUAUUGAAGAUGGUGAGAACAAGCUGACGGUACAAGCAAGCUCGAGCGGCGGGGGCGGCGGAAAGAAAUACAUUUGUUUACGAUGCAACAUUGUAUUCUACAACCCGAACACCCUGAUGAUCCACCAGAGAGCCCAUCAGCCCUACUGGUGCGACGUGUGCAAGGAGCAAUUCGGGACCAAGAGCCAGUUCAAGCACCACAAGUGCGACCUGGUCCCCAACAAGUGCCGCCUGUGCGGGAAGACUUGGGCCAGCCAGUCGGCCCUGCGGACCCACAUGGUGGUGCACACGGGGGACAAACGGUUCGUGUGCCGCUUCUGCGGGCAGAGGUUCGCGCAGAAGGGCAGCAUGAGGAGUCACCUGAUCCGAUCGCACAUGGGCUGCGGCGAAUGCGGAAUGACGUUCGACUCCAAGACGCAACUCCUACACCAUUUGUUGAAACAUAAGAUGCGUGCCAUUUAGGGAGCGGGGGAGGGGGGGGGGGGGUCACAUUGAGGGAAAAUUGACUUGAAGUUUGUACAGUGUGAGAAGUGGUUAGCAGCUUCCUCCCACGUUCCAAAAACAAGCAUGUUAGGUUCAUUGAAGCCGAAAUCGGGGGUGUCCAAGCAGAACAAUCAAAGGACAUUCUUUGACGUUAUUAAACACGCUAAAAAACAUUUUUGGGGUAGUAAUUAUAUAUCAUUAUUAUUCAGAGAAUCUGCUACUUUUUGUUAAAGGCGAUAAGGCAAAUAGUUUUGGAUUUUUCAUGUUUUUGGGGUGGUCGACAGCCGUAUACCACUAAAAUAGUUCGGCUCCUGCCUGAGCAGAUCUCCCAUUUUCAAAACGAAAACCAGCAUUCUGUAAUACACCGACAAUCUUUCAAGUAGUUUUUACUUGAGGAUCAUUGUUAAUAGUUCAUGUGAUAUGUUCACAAAUUCAGACCUUGACACAGCAGAAAGUGGAGGAAAAUAUUCUUGCUUCUGAAACGCUGUUAUCUUUAUUUCCGGCUCAUAAAGAGAGAUAUUGUUACUUUUAUUUGUAAAUUGUUUCUUUAGAUGUCUAGAAAAGCUCUAUAUAAAGCUUUUAUUGUUAGUAGUAGUAUCCAUAGCUUGAUUAAUCAAACACGAAUCAGUUAUCCAAUUUGUCGACUAUUUUGAUCAUCGGUUAUCAUUUAGAGUCGUGGCUUACCUUAAAAUUGUCCAAAUCCUCAGAAUUUGAGCCUCUCACGACUAAAUAUUUUCUGAUAUCUCUAAUCCUCAAAAAUUGCAGAAUGAUUUGUCUGUUUCAUCAAAAAAAAAAAAAAAAAACAUUGGCGAACAUUGAUCAUUUUUUAUGCUGAAAAUGUUAGACUGAACCAGUAACUGAAUCAUUGUUUUGUUUCUGCAUUUUCUGCACUGUCAAUUUGAAAUAUCCUGUUUUUUUAAUUAAGGGAUGGAAAAGUUUUUGAUUAAUGUGACUCAUCUGUCAAUUAAAAAAAAAAUCGACAGCUUGAUUAUUAAAUGAACUGUUAGUUGCAGCCCUAGCGGUAGUAGUUGUCAGGUGUGUUGCACCCACGUGCACACACACACCCACGCCCAAUUGCAUUGUGGGCCAUUUCAAAUGUUACAUUUUAUAUAUGCCAUGGGCUGCUAAAAAAUGAACGGCGGGCAGAAAAUGCCCCCCCCCCCCCACCCCCGAGCUGUAGUUUGGACACCCCUGCUCUAAAUUGUCCAUAGGUGUGAAUGUGAGUGUGCAUGCUUGCUUGUCUAUGUGUGCCUUGCAAUUGGUCGGUGACCAGUUGUCUCACCCAAAAUCAGCUAGGAUAGGCUCAAGCUCACCUGCAACUCUUAACGGGGACAAGCGCUAUAGAAAAUGGAUGGGUGAAUGGAUUCGGUGGCUUGGAGAAAGAUAGGACAAGCCCCCUUCAAAACCAGCAGAUUUCAACAGAGCUGUAAACAGCGAGUGGAAAGUGUACUGUUGUUGCAUAUAUAAAAUUGCAUACAUCUUAAAUCUUGUAGUUUUUGUUUCAAGCUUUAAAACGUAUAUUAGUCAGAUUUCAUCUUCACAAUAGUCAU